AUGGAAUCAAGCGACUCCGGCAAGUGGAAAGAAGCGUGUGACUCGGAGUUCGAUUCGCUUCAGAGAAACGACACGUGGGAAAUCGUGCCUCUUCCGAAAGGUCGCAAGGCCAUCGGGUGCCGAUGGGUUUUUCGUGUAAAGGAGAAUCAAGAUGGCGAAGUUGAACGUUUCAAGGCAAGACUUGUGGCCAAAGGAUUCUCACAGAAAUUCGGAGUUGACUAUGAAGAAACUUUCGCACCGGUGGCCAAGUUCACAUCGAUUCGUGUGGUGCUCAGUAUGGCGGCCAAGUACGGCCUAAUGCUACAUCAGAUGGACGUCAAGACAGCGUUUCUUAACGGCUCCCUCAACGAAGACAUCUACAUGGACCAGCCGGACGGAUACCUGGAUGCAACACAGCCGGACUAUGUGUGCAAGCUAAAGAGAUCACUCUACGGCUUGAAGCAAUCGCCUCGCAUGUGGAACCAAACAAUCGAUGGGUUCAUGAUCAAGAUGGGAUUCAAGAAGUGCGAAUCGGACCACUGCAUCUACAUCAAGCGAGACGACCAAGACAUGAUUCUCGUGGUGCUCUACGUCGAUGAUCUCAUCCUGGCCAGCAGCAACAACGAACUCCUCAAGUCAACCAAGAUGGCGCUGAGCAAACGCUUCGAAAUGACGGAUCUCGGUGAGCUCGAUUACUUUCUCGGCAUGGAGAUCAAGAACGACCGUAAGACGGGAAUGGUGACUGUACAACAAACCAAGUUUCUCAAGUCCGUGUUAACCAAGUUCGGAAUGGAUAACAGCAAGCCAGUGAAGACGCCUCAAGAUCCCGGCCUGAAGCUAACCAAGAACAUGUGUGAACAAGAAUGCAAGCACGAAGACACCAUGUGCAACGUGCCAUAUCGAAGUGCUGUCGGAGGCAUCAUGUAUCUCAUGGUCGCCACACGUCCGGAUCUAGCUGCUGCAGUGGGAUCAUUAUCCCAGUUCUCGUCCGACCCAUGCCCGACUCACUGGCAAGCUUUGAAGCGUGUGCUGAGAUACCUGCAAGCAACGCCCAAUCAUGGUCUUGAGUUUACACGUGAAGAAGGAAGCCGUAUCUGCGGGUACACCGACGCAGACUGGGCCGGCGACAUUGAGUCAAGACGAAGUACAAGCGGCUAUGUGUUCAUGAUGAGCGGAGGAUGCAUCAGCUGGAAAAGCCAGAAACAACGGACGGUCGCGCUAUCUUCAACAGAAGCAGAAUACAUGGCGCUUUCCGAAGCAACCAAAGAAGCAGUAUGGCUCAAAGUGCUUUUGGGGGAACUUGGUGAGAUGACAAGCGACGAAGCGAUCAAGAUGUAUGAAGACAACCAAGGAUCAAUCGCUCUCGCCAAGAACCCGGAGUUCCAUAAGAGAACAAAACACAUCGACAUACGCUACCAUUUUGUGCGUGAGAAGGUGGAAUCAGGUGAAGUCGUUUUGGAGUAUUGCCCGACUCAAGAUAUGCUGGCAGACAUGAUGACCAAGCCGAUCGCCGCUGUACAAUUUGAAAACAUUCGCGAUCGACUUGGGAUCCAAGGUGCCGCAGCUAACGAGUCGAGAGGGAGUGUUGAAAAGACAGCGGCUGUGAAGAAGACACCUCGUCAAGCUGCGUCAAGUGUUGAAGCAAGUGGAAGACCAAGCUUCGCUAUACCGGUGGGUACCGGUAUGUACCAGUAA